GGCUAGAAAUAUUUUCUGGUGAAAAAUGAAAAAGACCCCACAAAAUCCUAAGUCAUCUCCUCCAUUGUUAACACUUGUUCUCAUUUCUCCAAUUCUCCCACUUCACUUCUACAUCCAAGGCCAAUUAGGCAACAAAACUCUCAUCAUCAAACCAACAAGAACAGAUUCCUUCACCGAGGGAAAACUUUUUAAAAUUAACAAAUAGUAGUCGCAGCAAAAUGUUAUCUACUUCUAAGCUUCAGUCUCCAUUUCUAAGUGAUCCUCUCAAGCUCUGUACAUCUCCUUUCCAGAAACUCUUCAAAACCCAGCGCCCAGCAGCUUCUUUUCCAUGUAUUAGAGCUGAUCUUGACCAAAACACGAUAGCAGCAAUUACAGCUGGGGUUGCUAGCAUUGCGGUUGGGAUUGGAAUUCCAGUAUUCUAUGAAAUCCAAAUUAAUAAGUCUGCCAAACGAGAGAACACACAACCAUGCUUUCCCUGCAAUGGUUCUGGUGCUCAAAGAUGCAGAUUUUGUGUGGGGACGGGGACGGUUACAGUUGAGCUUGGAGGGGGUGAGAAGGAAGUCUCGCGUUGCAUCAACUGUGAUGGCGUUGGUUCUAUGACAUGCACAACGUGUCAAGGCAGUGGUAUCCAACCCCGAUAUCUUGAUCGCAGAGAGUUCAAAGAUGAUGAUUAAGGUGGAUUGCACAGCCCGUGGUUCCAGGAAAAUCGAUGGAAUAUGUGAAGUUGACAGGAAAAUUGUUCAUUUUCUUUUCUUUAAUAUACUCCGUAUCUAUGUAUCUACCUUUGUAUGGUUUGAAACUUUAUGUGAAAAAUGAUGAUGAGGUAGAUAACAAUUUUCAACUAAUUAUCUCAUUUGGUCGUAUUGCUUAUCCCCCACACCUCAUUAUCGACGUUUUUCAG